AUGGGUGAAAGUAAUAGAACGGCUAAAGUAUUAAGAUUUGUUAGUGGUUUGCAGGAAAUAUUUAAUUCAGAGGAAUUCAAAAGAAUUUAUCCAAAUUUGCAUAGCACUUUUCGUUCAUCGUCUAAUCGUCAAACAUCAAACAAUAGUGACAAUGAUACACAUGGUUUUCGUCAAUUAUUUAAUGUCGAUGGUAAUGAACGUGUUCCAUCAACACCAGAUGAAGAAUUAGCAUGGCAUUUACAACGUCAAGAAUAUGAACAAGAUGUUCUUGAUAACAGAAGAAAUCAUCGACAACAUCAUAAUCAAUUUAAUAUUAGUGACUAUGAUACAAACGAAUCAUUAGAAGCUGCAUUUGAAUCAUUACCAAAUAAUAUGAGUGAUGAUAAUAAUUUAGCUCAACGUCUUCAACGUGAAGAAAUGGGAUUACAAAAUUAUGUUAGACAGAUGCCACAUGCUGUACGAGUAUUUCCAUUUUAUCCAUUUUUCAAUCAAGAUCGAAAUGCCAAUGGAGACGAUGAUGAUAAUGAUGAAAUAGAUGUUCAACAACAAUUUAUGCACGCUCUUAUGAGAGGCGCUCUUCACAUGCCACAUGGUGCAUAUGGCCGUAGACGAUUUCAUGGUGGAAAUCGUGAUGUAAGACAUUUACAACAAUAUCAGGGAGAUUUUGGAGCAGAAGAUUAUGAGACAUUAUUAGAAUUAGAUGAAAUAACCGGUGCAAAUAAACAAAAAUUAAAUGAUGAACAAAUUAAGAAAAUAUCAACAGUAAAAUUUACAAAACUCAAUGAUUUAACAACUGAAGGAAAUACGUGUAGUAUAUGUUUUGAAAAUUUUGAAGAAAAUCAGUCGUUACACGAUUAUCCAUGUACUCACAAAUUUCAUAAAAUAUGUUCAACUCGUUGGUUAGCAGAAAAUAAUGUUUGUCCAGUUUGUCGUGUUCCUCCAGUAAUUGUCGAACAAACAGCUCCACAACAUCGUUCAAACGUUCAUCGUUCUUAUCGUCCACCACGCACUGUAAACAAUCAUAAUCGAGAUAAUGGAACAGACCGAGCAUCACAUAAUCAACGACAUGGUGGUGGAGGAAGACGUCCACGUUUUAAUUAA